CAGAUUUAAGCAGUAAAAACGUGUUAAAAUUACUUUAAAUUAAAAGUAACAUUGAUAUAAAGUUCUAUAAAACAUAAAUAACGAGGGGGUUGUCUGAGAUAGCACUUACAACUGUGAAAAUUUUAACUAAAUCGGAUGUAUCUUUAAAUUCCCCAAAAAUCAAUUAAUGGAUCGAAAAAUUAUAAAAAUAUCACCUCGAAAAAGGCAACUGCGAGAACGAAAGCAGAAAAAAUUAUAUGCCGAUGAAUGGGCGCUUGGAGAUGAUGAAUUCGAAAGUGGGAGAGCAUUUAGUGUCGCUGAAAAACUCGAAUCACCGGCAUUUGUUUCGCAAGGAAUGGUUAGAGAAAUCAAAGGAACUGAUCUCACAAUUGCGUACUUGCAACAAUACGGUUUUAACAUCCCACUUCUGAUAAAAGAAAAGACGGGUUUAGGAGUUCAAGUUCCAUCUUCAAACUUCACAAUCAAUGAUGUCAGAAUGUGCGUCGGAUCUCGACGUGUUCUUGAUGUAAUGGACGUGAAUACUCAAAAAAAUCUUGAGAUGACGAUGAAAGAAUGGCAAAAAUAUUAUGAAGAUACAAGCAAAAAGAAAUUAUUAAACGUAAUUUCAUUAGAAUUUUCACAUACAAAGCUGGAAAAUUACGUGCAAUCACCGUCGAUUGUACGACAAAUUGAUUGGGUUGACGUCGUAUGGCCGCGACGUUUAAAAGAAGCUCAAAUUGAAGGGACCAACUCACUUCAUCACAUGAUGUAUCCCAAAGUUCAAAAGUAUUGUCUGAUGUCGGUUAAGAAUUGCUAUACAGAUUUUCACAUCGAUUUUGGCGGCACCAGUGUUUGGUAUCACAUUUUAAAAGGCAGCAAAGUAUUUUGGCUGAUACCGCCAACUGAAAAGAAUCUUCAGCUUUACGAGAAGUGGGUGUUGUCGGGCAAGCAAUCGGCAGUGUUCUUUGGUGAUACUGUUGAAAAGUGUGCGAGAAUUUACUUAACUGAAGGCAACACAUUCUUCAUUCCAAGUGGAUGGAUUCACGCUGUUUACACACCAACUGACACUCUCGUCUUCGGUGGAAAUUUUCUCCACUCAUUCGGCAUCGUUAAACAAUUGAAAAUCGCACAAGUUGAAGAUGUCACAAAAGUUCCAAUUAAGUUUCGUUAUCCAUUCUUCACUGAAAUGUUGUGGUAUGUCCUUGCAAAAUAUGUUUACACCCUUUUGGGUCGAUCUCAUCUUGAUGGCGAGCCUGAUAGAAUCGAUGAAGUGAUGAAGCAACCGCACCUUCAUUUAACACAUUACGAAUUGUUUGGUCUCAAGGAAAUCGUUUUAUAUCUUUAUGAUCUUCCACAAAAUCGAAAAAACGUUCCGGAACUCAUAAAAGAUCCCGUCGCAUUGAUAAAAGAUGUGAGAGCUUUGGUUGAACGACAUUGCAAAGAUGAGAAUCAACUUGCAAUUACGGGCUUACCAGUUCUACGAACAGAGUUGAAUCAAUUCAUGCAACCUUAUGAUUAUCCAAAUAACGACGUCGCCAUUCCACCAAUGUCAGAAUCAAUGAAUGAAGAAGCAAAUCAUCAAGAAACAACAAAUUUAAAUCACCAAACAAGUAAUAAUGAAAGGGAACGUGAAGAUGGAAAUUUUGUGACGCCAACGGCAGCUCGUUUUGGCCCUCGUGGUCCAUAUAAAAAGAAUCAUCCAAACAGUGGAGAACGAGAUGGAAAAGCACAUAGCGGUGCACCAAGAAGAAGACGAACAAGAUGCAAAAUUUGUGAAGCAUGUCAACGUUCUGAUUGCGGUGAAUGUACAUUCUGUCUAGAUAUGGUGAAGUUUGGUGGACCAGGACGUGCAAAACAAACUUGUCAAAUGCGACAAUGUUUACAACCAAUGCUGCCAGUCACUGCUCAAUGUAGUCGAUGUAACUUAGAUGGAUGGCGACAACAGCCGGUUCCAGCACCACAAGCAAAACUUUUAGCUGCCAAUGAAGGAACGCCGUCAUCAUUAAUGGAAUGUUCCGUAUGCUAUGAAAUAACUCAUCCUGAAUGUGCACAAAAGUCUCUUGAGACAAGCGUCAAAGGAGUUAUAAAUGAAGAUUUACCCAACAGUUGGGAGUGUCCAUCAUGUUGUGAGAGUGGAAAGAACGCUGAUUAUCGACCUCGCCAUUUCCGUGCACGUCAAAAAUCAUCGGAAGUUGGCAAACACAAUCAACUCACCAAUGAUGAUCAUCAUCAACUUCAACACCAUUUAAAUAUUCCUGAAUUUCAACAAGCAACAACAAAUCAUUCCCAAAAUUUGCACAUUAAGUGUGGUGCAAGUGGUGCCAUUUCAAGUGAUUCCGAUGAUGAAGAGCCGGAGAAAAAGCUGAAGCCAUCAUCGAGUGUUGUGAAGAAGGAAAUUGACAAUAAUCAUCAAUAUCAUGAAUUGACGAUGAUAAAUGUGAAUAAUGUGAAGAGAUGUAAGAGUGAAGAUGAUCAAAACAGCAUGUCAAUGGACUCGAUGGACUUUCGAAGUGAAACAAGUAAAAAUGAUGGAGUGCCAAGAAAGAAGAACGCAUUGAGAGUUCAACUCGCUCAACAUAUAAUUCAAACAUCAACCAAACAGUUGAAGAAACCGAUUUUCCCAGUUCGCCCUGCAGGUCCGCCACCUAAUCAACAAUCAACAAAUGGAAACCUCGUCCUUGAUCAUGGAGUUUUACUGUCAAUUUUCAAGCAUCUCCCACAAGACACGCUCGUCACAUGUUCGCUUGUUUGUAAGGCGUGGUCGCAAGUCUCAAUCAAUCCAGUGUUGUGGAAGAAAAUGAAUUGCUCGGAACACAAACUGUCAGCAAGUCUUUUAAUGGCGAUUGUACGACGUCAACCUGAGCAUUUGAUUCUUGAUUGGACGAUCCUUGCUAAACGUCAACUGUUGUGGAUAAUCGCAAGAAUUCCAAGCAUGAGAAAUCUAAGUCUGGAGGGUGUGCCGAUUCAAUCUGUUUUUGGUCUUCAUACAUGUUUAUGUCCACCACUUCACACAGUUAAUUUGAGUUUUGUUCGAGGUUUAAAUGAUCAUGCAAUAAGAGAAAUUUUAUCACCACCGAAAGAUUCUCGUCCUGGAACAGAUUCGAAGAGUCGUUUGAGGAAUUUGAGAUGUUUAAAGCUCAGUGGAACGGAUGUGACUGACGUUGCAUUGCGGUACAUAACGCAAGGACUUCCAACACUCGUGCAAUUAGAUUUAUCUUCAUGUCAGCGAAUCACUGAUGCUGGUGUGUGUCAAAUCGGCAUAUCGCCAUGUGCAAUCAAAACGCUUUAUGAGCUUGACUUGAGUAGCUGUAAAUUGAUAACAGAAAUGUCAUUAGAUCAUUUGUCAAAAUGUGAAGCUUUGACACGUUUAGAUCUUCGCUAUGUACCGCAAGUUUCGACUCAAGCAGUGAUAAAAUUCGCGGCAAAAUCGCGAAAUGAUCUUCAAGUGCAAGACAUCAAAUUGGUCGAUAAGAGAAGAAAUUAAUUUUCUUUUCAUUCACCUUUAUUUCGAAUUUAGAUUUAAAAUAUUGAUUGAAGAGUAGUGAUUAGUACUUAGAGUCAAAUCUUCUUUUAUUUUUAUUUCGAGUUAUUUAACUUUAUGUUCUUUUACACAUUUUUUUAAUUGAGACAAAUCUUUGAGAACAAAAAGGGAAAAAUUUCUUCGUGUCAUUUAUUUUCUGUCUUCUUCAAUUCAAUAUUAGUUUGUAAGGUUCACAUGUGAGAAAAAGACAUUUAAAGUAACAAUGAAAGAUUUAAAAACAAGGAAAACAAACCGCCGUUCGCCUAAUCACAAAUAAUUAAAGUUUUCCCUCGACUUCUUAUGAUUUUAUUCGAUUUUAUUUAAAGUAAAGUAUUACAACCAAAGAUGCUUUAAUUAAACAAUAUUUAAAGCAUAAAUCACGAAGAUAAAUAAGUUCAAGUUUGAUAUAAAAAAAGGAAAUAAAAACUGUUUUGUUCUCACCCACAACUUAAUCGUAAAAUGAAACUUUUGAUUCGUGUGAAUAUUUUAGAGCUUUUAAGAUGUUUAAAUAAAAAGUUCGAUCCACAAUGUAAAGAGAUGUCGAUAAUAAAAGAUGGAAAUAAAUAAGAAAAUAUUGAUUUUCUUUUUCAGAUAUGAAAA